AUGGCCAAAUUGAGAAUCUGCCCCCCUGCCUCCACCGCCCCCACCAACCCCCUGCCUCCACCGCCCCCACCAACCCCUGGCCCCACCGCCCCCACCAACCCCUGCCUCCACCGCCCCCACCAACCCCUGCCUCCACCGCCCCAACCAACCCCUGCCUCCACCGCCCCCACCAACCCCCUGCCUCCACCGCCCCCCCACACACCCCGGCCCCACCGCCCCCACCAACCCCCUGCCUCCACCGCCCCCACCAACCCCCUGCCUCCACCGCCCCCACCAACCCCCUGCCUCCACCGCCCCCACCAACCCCCUGCCUCCACCGCCCCCACCAACCCCCUGGCCCCACUGCCCCAACCAACCCCUGCCUCCACCGCCCCCACCAACCCCUGGCCCCACUGCCCCCACCAACCCUGCCUCCACCGCCCCCCAACCCCUGGCCCCACUGCCCCCCACCAACCCCUGGCCCCACUGCCCCCACCAACCCCUGGCCCCACUGCCCCCACCAACCCCCUGGCCCCACUGCCCCCACCAACCCCCUGGCCCCACUGCCCCCACCAACCCCCUGGCCCCACUGCCCCCACCAACCCCCUGGCCCCACUGCCCCCACCAACCCCUGGCCCCACCCCCCUGCCCCCACCAACCCCUGGCCCCACUGCCCCCACCAACCCCCUGCCUCCACCGCCCCCACCAACCCCUGGCCCCACUGCCCCCACCAACCCCCCUCCACCGCCCCCACCAACCCCUGGCCCCACUGCCCCCACCAACCCCUGGCCCCACCGCCCCCACCAACCCCCUGGCCCCACUGCCCCCCACCAACCCCCUGGCCCCACUGCCCCCACCAACCCCCUGGCCCCACUGCCCCCACCAACCCCCUGGCCCCACUGCCCCCACCAACCCCCUGGCCCCACUGCCCCCACCAACCCCUGGCCCCACUGCCCCCACCAACCCCCUGGCCCCACUGCCCCCACCAACCCCUGCCUCCACUGCCCCCACCAACCCCUGGCCCACCAACCCCCUGGCCCCCACCAACCCCCUGGCCCCACCGCCCCCACCAACCCCUGGCCCCACUGCCCCCACCAACCCCUGGCCCCACUGCCCCCACCAACCCCCUGGCCCCACUGCCCCACCAACCCCUGGCCCCACUGCCCCCACCAACCCCCUGGCCCCACUGCCCCCACCAACCCCUGGCCCCACUGCCCCCACCAACCCCCUGGCCCCACUGCCCCCACCAACCCCUGGCCCCACUGCCCCCACCAACCCCUGGCCCCACUGCCCCCACCAACCCCUGGCCCCACUGCCCCCACCAACCCCCUGGCCCCACUGCCCCCACCAACCCCCUGGCCCCACUGCCCCCACCAACCCCUGGCCCCACUGCCCCACCAACCCCUGGCCCCACUGCCCCCACCAACCCCUGGCCCCACUGCCCCCACCAACCCCCUGGCCCCACUGCCCCACCAACCCCCUGGCCCCACUGCCCCCACCAACCCCUGGCCCCACUGCCCCCACCAACCCCUGGCCCCACCGCCCCCACCAACCCCUGGCCCCACUGCCCCCACCAACCCCUGGCCCCACUGCCCCCACCAACCCCCUGGCCCCACUGCCCCCACCAACCCCCUGGCCCCACUGCCCCACCAACCCCCUGGCCCCACUGCCCCCACCAACCCCCUGGCCCCACUGCCCCCACCAACCCCUGGCCCCACUGCCCCCCCCAACCCCUGGCCCCACUGCCCCCACCACCCCCUGGGCCCCACUGCCCCCACCAACCCCUGGCCCCCCUGGCCCCACUGCCCCCUGGCCCCACCGCCCCCCAACCCCCUGGCCCUUUGCCCCACCCCCCCACUGGCCCCCCCCACCAACCCCCUGGCCCCACUGCCCCCACCAACCCCUGGCCCCACUGCCCCCACCAACCCCCUGGCCCCACUGCCCCCACCAACCCCCUGGCCCCACUGCCCCCACCAACCCCUGGCCCCACUGCCCCCACCAACCCCCUGGCCCCACUGCCCCCACCAACCCCUGGCCCCCUGCCCACCACUGGCCCCCUGCCCCCACCAACCCCCUGGCCCCACUGCCCCCACCAACCCCUGGCCCCACUGCCCCCACCAACCCCUGGCCCCACUGCCCCCACCAACCCCUGGCCCCACUGCCCCCACCAACCCCCUGGCCCCACUGCCCCCACCAACCCCCUGGCCCCACUGCCCCCACCAACCCCUGGCCCCACUGCCCCCACCAACCCCCUGGGCCCCACUGCCCCCACCAACCCCCUGGCCCCACUGCCCCCACCAACCCCUGGCCCCACUGCCCCCACCAACCCCCUGGCCCCACUGCCCCCACCAACCCCCUGGCCCCACUGCCCCCACCAACCCCCUGGCCCCACUGCCCCCACCAACCCCUGGCCCCACUGCCCCCACCAACCCCUGGCCCCACUGCCCCCACCAACCCCCUGGCCCCACUGCCCCCACCAACCCCUGGCCCCACUGCCCCCACCAACCCCCUGGCCCCACUGCCCCCACCAACCCCUGGCCCCACUGCCCCCACCAACCCCUGGCCCCACUGCCCCCACCAACCCCCUGGCCCCACUGCCCCCACCAACCCCUGGCCCCACUGCCCCCACCAACCCCUGGCCCCACUGCCCCCACCAACCCCCUGGCCCCACUGCCCCCACCACCCCCUGCCCCCACCGCCCCCACCAACCCCUGGCCCCACUGCCCCCACCAACCCCCUGGCCCCACCGCCCCCACCAACCCCCUGGCCCCCUGCCCCACCACCCCCACCAACCCCUGGCCCCACUGCCCCCACCAACCCCCUGGCCCCACUGCCCCCACCAACCCCCUGGCCCCACUGCCUCCACCACCCUGGCCCCACCCCCACCAACCCCUGGCCCCACUGCCCCCACCAACCCCUGGCCCCACUGCCCCCACCAACCCCCUGGCCCCACUGCCCCCACCAACCCCCUGGCCCCACUGCCCCCACCAACCCCUGGCCCCACUGCCCCCACCAACCCCUGGCCCCCCACCCCACAUCACCCCAUAUACCGAACCCCUGCGCCCCAGGGCCAGGAAUUCCAGUUAA